CCACACCUAGUGCAUUAGUCCUCGUGCAGGCUGCACACACACCCUCGUUACUCCUGGCUCCCCGGCGAGCGGCUCAGAAGGGGAUCGACCUACGGCACAAACUGCUGAGGAGCCAGAAAUUCAAGGCACAGCUGCAGAACAAAACUAGAGAGAAACAGGAACUUUACGAAGUAGGGUCCAUCAUCUACCUGGCCCGAGGAGGAGCACGGCAGCAGCCAGCCCCAGAGACCCUACCUGCCGCAGUGCUGGGGAGAACCAUGCCCGACUCCUUCACCAUCCACUUCCUCAAGGUGCUGAAGGAGCUGCUGGCCUUCGUGCUGUUCAGUUACACGGUGCUCGUCGGGGCACUGCUGCUCGCCGGCUGGACAACAUACUUCUUGGUGCUUAAAUGAGAGCUCCUGUUCUGCUCCCGCAGCCACACGCUGGCCGGGGCCAGCAGCCUGCACCACGCAGCUCCUCUCUGCAUCUGCUCAGCACACGGGAUGGCAGUCCCUGCCUCCUGCAAGCCUUUGCUUUCAUUACAAUCUUAUUUUCUUAUGUAAAACGAAUAAUGAUUAAAAAGGCAAAAAAGAGAAGCAUCCCCAUGCA